CUUUUAAUUAAGUUUCAAGUACAACUUUACACAGGACAAUCUGAGCAAUUAAAAAAAAGAUGAAAGCUUUUACCCUGGUAUUUUUCUGCAUUGGGGCUUUUGUCAUAGCCGUCAAUAGCCAAAAUUGUGUAAACGAAAAUGGACAGUGCAAUACGUUACAACGACAAUGCUGUAGAGGACUACGAUGUACCAGAGAAGGUUGUAAACCAGACUGCAACUUAGAUGGAGAAGCGUGCGCUGCUGGUACACCAUGUUGUAAUAAUCUGCAAUGUAACGAACGAAAAUGUCAAAGGGAAUGUAGACGCGAAAACCAACAGUGCAGCCGAGAUAAUCGCUGCUGUGAUGGCCUUCGCUGCAAUAGAGAUAGAUGUGAAAAAAACUGCAGCCUUCUAGAUCAACAGUGCAGUGCUAGUCGUCCAUGUUGUGAUAAUUUGCAAUGCAACGGAGGAAGAUGUCAAAGCGAAUGCAGGAGAGAAGGACAACAGUGCAGCCAAAGUAUUCGCUGCUGUAAUGGCCUUCGCUGCAAUAGAGAUAAAUGUGAAAGAAAUUGCAGCAUUCGAGGUCAACAGUGUGAUCGCAAUAACCGAUGCUGUACUGGACUUAGAUGUAACAGAGAUAAGUGUGAAUUGGAUUGUGCAUUAGUUGGAGCUGAAUGUCGCGAGGGAAGUCAAUGCUGUAGUACACGAUGCGUCGGAGGUAGAUGUGCAAGACGAAGUAAAUAACAAAACUUGUUCCGAUUUUAUUUCACCUACAAUUGGCCAGAAAAUUAUUAAGGACUUCAAUGGACUAAAACAAUUAAGAACGUUCAAUUUUAAUUUUUCUAGAACAUUCUAUCUUUUAAAAAAAUGUAGAACUGUUAUUGUGACCGAAAAUUUCGAUUGUAAACUAAUAUUAUAAUCAAUAAAGACUGCAAAAGAAA